CAAACAAGAGCGGAAAUGGCAACUCGUCAAGUUAUGUCUAUUUGCGCUCCCAUGAUUUCCGCCCUCCCCCACCGCCCGAUGAUCGUUGCUGCCGUCGAGCAGCGUGGCCGACGGACGUUCCGGCGAACUCUGCACGUCCGAUCAUGCAGUGCCACAAGUCAUGUGGCUCCCUUGCGGCGGUCGGGGAAUUAUCAUCCAAGCCUAUGGACGGACAAGAGUGUGCAAUCCCUCACGAGCACCUCCACAGUGCAAAAAGAAGAGGAACGUGAGAGAAUAAAUGUACUGAAGGAGCAGACCAGGAAGCUGAUAGGCGAGAAGCGGCAAGUAGCAGAGCAACUUCAACUGAUCGACCACCUGCAACAGCUCGGCGUGGCUUACCACUUCAAAGACGAGAUUGCAAACGUUUUAAGUCGUCUUCAUGCUUCUUUAGACCAUGUGAGCUCGGAGCUGAAGGACGAUCUGCAUGCCACAUCGCUACUCUUCAGGCUCCUGAGAACGAUUGGCUUCUCUGUUUCACAAGAUUUGUUCGAGACAUUUAGAGACGAGAAGGGAAACUUCGAAGCUCGCUGUGAGAAUCAGAUCAGAGGGUUUCUGAGUCUGUACGAAGCUUCCUACCUCGAGAAGGAAGGAGAGACUUUGCUGAAGGAAGCCAUGGGUUUCGCAACAGAGCAGCUGAAAGGAUUCAUGGAGGAGGGAUCUGUUCCUGAGACUGGCGGUCUCAGAGAGCAGGUGGCCCAUGCGCUGCAGCUUCCACUGAAUUGGCGGCUGGAGAGAGUGCAGCACAGGUGGUUCAUUGAAGCAUGCCGUGGCGACGACACUAUCAACCCCCCUUUCCUGCUGGAGUUUGCUAAGCUCGACUUCAAUCUGGUUCAGGACAUGUACAAGAGUGAACUCAGAGAGCUUUCCAGAUGGUGGUCCGGGCUCGGGCUUCCAGAGAAGCUGCCAUUUUUCAGAGACAGAUUACUUGAGAACUAUCUGUGGUCACUUGGUUUCACUUAUGAACCAGAUAGUUGGAGAUGCAGAAUGAUCGAAACAAAGGCAACUUGUUUUAUGACAUUGUUCGAUGAUAUUUACGAUGUCUAUGGGACCUUGGAUGAACACCAGCUCUUCACUGAUGCCAUCGACAGAUGGGACUUAACUGCCAUGGACAAGCUUCCAGAGUACAUGAAACUAUCUUUCUUUGCACUCUUCAACAUGGUGCACGAAGAAGGCUACUGGGUGAUGAAGGAGACAGGCUUGGACGUUGUGCCUGGUUUAAAGAGAGAAUGGAGGGAUCAAUGCAAAGCAUUCUUUGAGGAAGCAAAAUGGUUCCACCAUGGCCAAACCCCGAAGCUCAAUGACUACUUGGAGAAUGCAUGGGUAUCAAUAGGUGGUCCAAACAUUCUGUUUAAUGCUUACUGCGUGGGCAAAGACUUAACUGGAGAGACCUUGAAAUUUUUUCCCAAUUACCAUGAGAUCACACGCUCCUCCAACAUACUUUUUCGUCUUUACGAUGAUAUGGGCACUUUCACGGUAAUUAUCUAGAUAUAUAUACAUUAAUUGUAUCUAGUCGGAGUAAUGAAUCUGAUUGGAAUCAAACAACAUUUACUUUACUUACUACAGGAUGAGAUAGAAAGAGGUGAUGUGGCGAAUUAUAUUCAAUGCUACAUGCACGAGAAAGGUGUCUCAGAGGAAGUGGCACGUGCGAAGA